AGAGAGAGAGGGAGAGGAGAGAGAGAGAGAGAGAAGCAUGAGUUCUAGGGACAGGAAGAAAGAAGCUCUAUAUGAAAAGUUGAAACAACUACGUUCGGUCACCCACUCCACUGCCGUUAAUAAAACCUCGAUCAUCGUAGACGCAUCAAAGUACAUUGAGGAGCUGAAGGAAAAAGUACAGAAACUAAAUCAAGAUAUUGGGACUUCGUCAAGUUCAAGUGACCAAAGUUCAUUGCCCAUGCAGGUGAGUGUGGAAACCCUGGAAAAGGGUUUCCUAAUUAAUGUGUUUUCGCCAAAAGAUUGCCCUGGUUUGCUAGUCUCCAUACUUGAAGCAUUUGAAGAAUUGGGCCUUGAUGUUCUUGAUGCUAGCGUUUCAUGUUCAGACAAUUUCCGCUUAGAAGCUGUUGGAGAAGAGGUAAGGAAUUUUAUAUAUAGAAAUAUAUGGCGGUUCCAGGGACAACUAAUUAGACACCUAAAAAAAUACCUCAUAAUUCCCGAUCAAAUUUUGAUAAUCCGAAUCACUCAAUGUGAUCCAAAAUAUGAUUUUAAGGGUACUCGCGAGAAAUUAACAAAAAAAUUGACCGGAAAAAGGCUUGAUAUGAGUAGUUUUUAGCUUAGAUUUAAUGAAUGUUUCAAUUAAAAACUGCUCAAAAUAAGCACUUUCCGGUCAUAUGUUUUACUAAUUUUUUGUAGGCAACUUUAAAAUCACAUUCUGCACACAUUGAACUGUUCAGAUCAUAAAAAUUUGAUCAGAAACUAUGAGAUUGAAAUUUGAGGUGUUUUUUCAGGUGUCCCUUGAACCGCCCCGAUAUAUCUCUUAAUGAUCGUUUCAUUUUUAGUAUUUUAUUUUAUUUUUGUUUCUCUCUCUAUGCUUCAUUUCCAACUCUCGUAUCAUUUGGAUUCAUAUGGAACAUACUCUUUUAUGGGUGUUUAUGGUAUAAAGCCUUAGAAUCAUAACAAAUUUAAAAAUUUUGCAUUAAUUGCCGUUCAUAUAUAUCCUUUGCGCGCGCGUGCACAGACACAUAUUUGUUCAUAACAUAAGUCUUAGGCCCCAUUCCAGAAACCUUCUUAAAAAAUAAACAGCUUAUUUCACAUUUUUAAACUCAAAAAUAAUGUAAAUGAAAAAUAAAUUUUCAAUUUUUUUCAUCGUAUUAAAGAUCUCAUCUAGAUCUUUCAAAUAAGAUCCAUAUUGCAUAUUUUUAGAAUUCAAUAAGUCCAUAAUUUUUGAGUUUGAAAUUGCCUUCUUAAAAAAUAAGGAUUUUUUUUCACUUCUGGAACGGGCUCUCUUCCAAAGCAACAAGCAAAAAACAACAUACAUCAAUCUUGAAUUCAUAAAAUAUGUUUUGAUGGUGUGAAUUUUUUCAUCAUUUUAAUUUUUUUUUUGUGGCAAAUGUUACGAGUUUUUAUAAUAAAGUUGUCAAUUAAAUAUUGAUGUACGUUACAAAUUUAUGGGAAAGUGUAAAAAUUUCUACGCAUAUCUUAUUAAUAUCUGAUUAAAAAUCAAG